GAAGAAGAAGAAGAAGAAGAAGACCAUUGGGCGGUGACAACAAGCUGAUCUGCAUUUGCUGGACAAAAGUAAACAGCCUGGCUCGAUUAGUAAUACUGGGGACGGUUGGCAACAACUGGACUGUGAAUGGACAGGAGAUGGCAGAAGGAAGUGACGGAUUUGAUAGCGAAACAGGAAGAAUGGAAGUAGGUAGCGGGAAAUUUAAAGACUGGAAUUCGGUAGACAUUAAAACUAAUCGAAAGCGUAGACGGCAUAAACAAAAAAACAUCUCAAAUGGUGAGGGUACGGACAGUGAUCAAGGAAUUGGAGAAACUACAGUGGAAAUCGAUAAGCAGUACGGAGAAUACAAAGUAAUAAUGAAGCUAGUGCAGGAAGGAUCAUCAUUUGGAGUGUUUUAUGCUGAAACAGAUGAAGUGAAGACAGUGAUGGAGGGAGAUUCUGUCACUCUAAACCCUGAUCUUACUCAAAUACAGGGAAUUGUCCUGCUACUGUGGAGGUUUGGAGAUAAAGGUUCCACCAUUGCUCAAAUUGAUGGAAAUGAUAUCUUAUAUGAAGAUUAUGAGGCAUUUAGAGGCAGACUGCAGCUGGAUCAGACUGGAUCCCUCACCAUCACAAAUGUCAGAACCAAUCACUCUGGACUUUAUAAAGCAGAAAUCAGCCACAACACUGGAACCUCAUAUAUUAAGUUUAGCGUUACUGUCUAUGAGUCUCCAUCUGUUAUUGCUGGGGCUGAAGCUGAAAUGAAGAGCGUGUCAGUGAAGGAGGGAGAUCCUGUCAUUCUUCAGACUGAUGUUCCUCAACUACAAGGAGAUGAGCUGAUAGUGUGGCGGUUUGGAGAUGAAGAAAAACUCAUAGCUAAACAUGAUAUAGAGGCCAAGAGCUCACCAUUAUAUUAUGAUGAGAGAUUCAGAGACGGAUUGAAACUGGACCAUCAGACUGGAUCUCUGAUCAUCACAAAAACCAGAACCACAGACUCUGGACUUUAUAAAGCGAAGAUCAGCAGCAACAAACAGACUUCAUACAAUAGAUUCACUGUAACUGUCAGUGAACCAGGUCUGUCUCCAGGUGUUGUAGCAGUGAUUGUUGUUCUUCCACUGCUAAUGACUGCAGCUGCUGGCGUUUUAUUUUAUCGUCGCAAGAACUCUGAACUAAAUAAUCAAAAGUCGAAAAUCUCUGAACGACAAAAUGAAACAUCGGGGAUCUCUGAAAAACUAAAGCAAAUGUCCGAGAUCUCUACACAACUAAAGCAAAUGACCGAGGAUUGUGAAAAAGUAUUGCCUGAGAUAUCUGAACACCAUCAAACAUUGAAGAUCUCUGAAAAACUAAAGGAAAUUUCGGAUAUCUCUGAACAACUAAAGCAAAUGUCGAAGUACUGUGAACAAGAAUUGUGCAAGAUCUCUGAACGAUUAAAGCAAAUGUCUUUGACAAAGAAAGGGGAGAUCUCCGAACAAGAAACACCUUUAAUAGAUGAAGUGGAGAUCUUUGAACAAGAAAUAGGUGCUGAUGGCACAAAAGAAGAGACAACGAGAUCAGAGAUGGAGAAAGGUGAAAGUGAACGGUCCAUUAUUGUUGAAGAUACUGCUAUAAGUCAAGCGAUUGGAGGGCCACGUGGGGCUGAUGGGAGAAUCAGAGACAGACAGGGCAAGAGCCUUGUAGUCCGUAACACCGGUACUGAACAUACUGGAGUUUGUACACAUGAAUCAACAGGAAAAGGAGUGAAUGAAGAAACAUCACUCGCACCUUUGCGCUCGUGCGGACGCGGUGAGUAUAACGAUGAGGGUGUGUCUCACAAACGACCGAGAUUUAUAGCCACAACCUUUAAAGCCACAAACUCAUCUCUCACUCAACGUCGCAGCAAUAUGAAGAUCGUGUUUGCAAUGUUUUUAUCCAUGUUCGUCAUUGACGGUGUGUUUGGUGUUGAUGGAGUGAAGACAGUGAUAGAGGGAGAUUCUCUUACUCUACAGACUGGUUUUAUUGAAAUGCAGAAAGAUGGUCUAACAGAGUGGAAAGUUAAUAACACUAACAUCGCAACAAUCAAUAAAGGAACUGGUAAAGUUGAAUACAGUGAUGAUAAACUGAUGAUGAUGUUUAGCGGCAGACUUAAUCUGGAUCAAACUGGAUUUCUCACCAUCUGGAACAUCAGAAUCAAACACUCAGGUGAAUAUAAAGUAGAGAGUAUCAGCAGCGUAGGGACCAAAUCCAAGACGUUCAAAGUUAUUGUGAAAGAAUCUCCACUCAAAUCUGUUGAAGAUAAAGAUGAAAUAAAGGUAUUGUCAGCCACGAAGGGAAAUUCUGAGACUCUACACACUGAAACUGAACUACAGAAACAUGAUCUAAUACUGUGGAGAUUUGGAGCUGAAGGAUGUCUCAUUGCUAAAGGUGAUACAGAAGACAAUCAUACGUCAUACUAUGAUGGUGAUGAUGGGAGAUUCAGAGGCAGACUGGAGCUGGACAGUGAGACUGGAUCUCUGACCAUCACAGACCUCGAAACUGAGCAUACUGGAGAAUUUAGACUAAAGAUCAUCAGCGACAGAAGGAUCUUAUUCAAAAGAUUCACUGUUACUGUCUCUGAACCAGGUCUGUCUCCAGGUGCUGUAGCAGGAAUAUGUGUUGCUAUUCUGCUGGUUGCUGCAGCAGCUGUAGCUGCUGGUGUUGUGAUUUAUUAUCGAAGCAAUCACUAUAAAGUAAAAAGACUAAUAUCGAAGUUCUCUGAACAACUAAAGCAAAUGACAAAGCUCUCUAAACAACUAGAGCAAAUGACCAAAGCAACAGAGGAAGCUCACAGACCGAAAACCGGAGUUAUGAUUUACACGGAGUAUAUAAAAUGUAUGACAUGUGGAUGCAGAAGUCCAGUAUAUGAAGCGGAUAUGAGUGAAAAUGACAGAACCUUGACAGAUGAAACGGAGACAUCUCAACAAGAAACUGUUGCUGAUGUCACACAAAAAGAGACACCGAGAUCAGAGAUCAGAGAAGGUGAAAGGAAACGGUUCAUUGUUGUUGAAGAGACUGCCAUAAGUAAAGCGUUUGGUGCUGAUAAUAUAUUGAGAGACAGACAGGGCAGGAAGAGCAUUGCAAUCAGAGCUGAAGAUGAUGAAGUUCAGAGUCAGACACAUGGAUUAGAUGGAAACUCUCCUGGAAAUGAACUAAACGAGCUAAAGGAUUUGACCGAGGAUGUGAAGAUCUCUGAACAAGAAACACGUGCCGAUGUCACACAAGAAGAGACACCGAGAUCAGAGAUCAUAGAAGGUGAAAGUGAACGGUUCAUUUAUGUUCAAGAGACUGCCAUAAGUAAAGCGUUUGGUGCUGAUAAGAGAUUGCGAGACAGACAGGGCAAAAAGAGCCUUGUAAUCCGUAAAACCAAGACUGAAGAUGCUGGAGUUCAAACGCAUGGAUCAGAUGGAAAAGCUCCUGGAAAUGAACUGAAAGAGCUGAAAGAAGGUGAGAUUCUGUUGUUUGGAUCAGAUGGAAAAGCUCCUGGAAAUGAACUGAAAGAGCUGAAAGAAGCAUCUUUAUUAAAUUCGGAUUCUGCGCAGCUCUACAAAAACAGGAGGACAAUGUUAUUGGUCUUUCUAUUAUUAAUGGCUGAUGGAGAGACAAGUAAAACUGUGAACAUGUCGGUGACAGAGGGGGAUGCUGUCACUCUACAAUCUGAUCUUUCGGAAAUAUUGAAUGAUGAUACAGUAUUAUGGAUGUUUGGACCUAAAGACACUCUCAUAUCUCAAAUCCGAAGACAGGAUGACCUGACCUCAUUUUUGGUCACCGAUGAUGUGGGAUUCAGAGGCAGAUUGCAGGUGGAUCAAAACACUGGCUCUCUCACCAUCAGAAACACCAGAAUCAGACACUCUGGACGAUAUAAACUAUCCUUCUCUAGAGAAAAGACUACAAUCAAGAUAUUUAAUGUUACUGUCUUUGUUGUGGUUGGUAAGACAGACGGAGUUAAGUCAGUGUCAUUGUCAGUGCUGGAGGGAGAUCCUGUCACUCUACAUACUGAUUCUGAAAUACACCAAGAUGCUCUGAUGCUGUGGAGGUUUGGUGAUAAAGGCAUCCUCCUGGCUAAAAUUGACUUUGAGACAAAUGAGACCUCACUAACCGAUGCUGAUGAGGGAUUCAAAGAUCGACUACAACUGGAUCAGACCGGAUCUCUGACCAUCACAAACACCAGAACCACAGACUCUGGACUUUAUGAACUACAGAUCAGAGGCAGUGAGAGCUUGCAGAGAUUCCUGGUUUCUGUAAGUGAUGCAGGUCUUUCUUCGAGUGUUAUAGCAGGAAUAGUUGUUGGUGUUAUUGUUCCUGUUCUGCUGAUCCUGAUUGCCUUUGUGAUCUACUAUCGCCGCAGGAUUUAUAACUUAAAAAUGCAAAUGGUCGAAGAGAAGAAAGAGACAGUGACGGAGGGAGAAUCUAUCACUCUACACGCUGGUCUUACUGAUUCACAGGGAGAUGUUACGAUGAAGUGGUGCUAUGAAACUGAAGACAAUCUCAUUGCUGAAAUUAAAAGAGGGAUCAAAAGGACACAGGAGGGUGCUGAUGGGAGAUUCAGGAGCAAACUGAGGCUGGAUGACAAGACUGGAGAUCUCACUAUCAGUAAUGUCAGGACCAUUCACUCUGGACUCUAUAAAUUCAAGAUCAGCAGCAGAGCCAGAAAAACCAACUACAAGAGAUUCAUUGUUACCGUCAAUGUAAAGUCAUUGUCAGUGACGGCAGGAGGUUCUGUCACUCUCCAGACUAAUGCUAAAAUACAGAGCGAUGACCUGAUACUGUGGACGCUUGGAGCUGAAAACGUUCUCGUUGUUAAAAAAGAUUCAGGAACAACUACUGUUAAUGAGAGAUUCAGAGGCAGACUUAGGUUGGGCAAGACGACUGCAUCUCUGACCAUCACAAACCUCACAAAUACAGACUCUGGACAUUUUAAACUGCAGAUCAUCAACACUAAAAAGACCACAUUCAGGAGAAUCAAUGUGACUGUCACCGGUUCCACAGGAAACCAAGUGAGUGAAUUAGAGACUGCAGUAAUGCUGCUGUCGGACGAUGUGGAUGGAGUGAAUGAGCAGGAAGAGACAUGGUCACUUUAAUGAAAUAAGACAUGCCCACCAGUGCGCCAACACUGUGACAUCAACAUUUGACCUCAACAAAUUUCUGCUUUUAUGAAAGUGAGAAACUUUUACUCUUAACACUCAGGAUGCGUGACACUUUCCCAUGAUCUGUAGCGCUGCAAUUACCAACCACUAGUAUUGGGAAAGUUUUUGAUUCUCCAAAAACAGUGCACAGUUCUUAAAAUAACCUGCUUUUAUUAAUGUGAAGAAUACUUUAAAGGGGUCA